AUGGAUGACCCUAACAAAGAGGCUCUUGACCCUAGACUUAAAUGGCAGGAAAACGUGAUUGCUCAGCUGAAGCAAAUCAACAAAGCCCUUGAGAGCAGUGGCAAGUGGUACGCCAGCAGAGAAGAGCAGAUCCGAGUGCUGAUCACCCCCACCCUGUUCUCCCUGAGGGAUGUGGACACCGUCAAACAGGAGUUCUCCGCAGAACUCUGGUUUGAAAUCUUCUACAAGGACGAGAAGCUGAAGGGGAUUACAAACCGAGACGAUGUAGACUGGGACAACCAAUGGGAUCCGCGGAUCGUACUGAGGAACACGACAAGCAUUGAGACGGAGAGGUCAGCGCAAAACCUGAUACAGGUGGUCGGGGUUCCGAAUUCGGACGAGCCCACUGUGCCCAUCGUGCACGAGUUAAGGAAGGUCCGGGCAACCUUCAAGGUGGACAUGGACCUCGCCGACUUCCCUGUUGACCACCAGGAAUUGACUGUCCAACUGAUGUCAGGGUGGCCAAUCAAGAAAGCAGACCUGAGAAAGAACUACGGAUCCAAUGACACCAUUGCACAAGACGACUUUGCAGAUAGAGACCAGUGGACAGUGAGCAAGUAUGUAGACUGCAAACAUGGCACAAAAACUAACAUUCAGUCCAAAACCUUCGGCGAGUACCCCGUGUACAACAUCACUGCGCAUGUGCAGAGGAAGUCAGCCUUCUACUCAUGGAACACUGCACUCAUCUUAUACAUCAUCAUUGCCCUCUCGUUCACGGUGUUCUCCAUCCCACUGGAAGACCACAAAGACCGUCUCGGCAUCACCUUCACCCUGCUGCUUACCACAGUGGCCUUCAAACUGGUGGUUUCCCAGUACCUUCCCACUGUCUCCUACCUGACUCUCUUGGACAAGUACGUGCUGGGGUGCAUAAUCUUCCAGUGCGUCGUGGCAGUGCAGAACACUGUAGCCUCGGUGAUUAGGGACAAGGAACGCGCCAGGCUGUUUGACGGAGUGUGUGUGGGCCUGUUUGGGACUGCAGUCCUCUUGGCACACCUGUUCAUUGGGAUCGUCGUUUGGAUGAAAUGGAAGAAGAACAGUGGAAAGCUGCAAGAAGUAGACAACAAGUUCGAGGGUCUAAGUGAAAAGAUCAACCGUGCCUAUGAAGUCCGUGACAUGAAAGUACCGGGGAGCACCAAGAGUAACAUGAUCAUCAAGGGCUUUGAUAAGAAAGAGAUUCAAGAGGUAAUAGUUGCACUCAUUUGA